CAUAAUGUAAGAACUUUGAAGAUUUGAACCAUAUUUCAACACUUACAAAAAAACAGUUAUAAAUAAAUAAAUUGAAUUUUAUUACAAUUCACAAAAAUAUAUUUUGAAAACAAACUUUAAAAAUCUUUGAAGACAAUGUAAUGCCGUUUGAUCAUUCAGCAUAGUUAAUAUAUUAUUACACAGAUAAUUAGAAAAAAAAAUAUGUACAUGAAACCUCUCAGAUUAGAUAUAAAGCUUUUGUAUAUAAGUAACGUACAUAAUACACGGUAAGAGGUAAAAACAUAACUGUCCGAAACGAAAAAACAGUACGAUUUUGUACGUUUAGAAGUUCACACGCAUCUUACAGAGCUUAAAAACACGCGUUUUACUAAAUAAAUCACGUAAAAAUGAUUUGGCUCAUUUUCUUAGUUGCCGUUGUGGCCCUUCUUGUAUACAGAAUGUUCCAAAAGGAAAAGGAAAAGACAACUUUCUUCACAUCAAGAGGAAUCAAGGUGAAAAAUCCGCAAUUCUUCAUGCUUUCCUUAUUCAAGCUCUUAACUGGUCAAAUGGGAGUUGUGGAAUUGCUACAAGAAAUCUACUACGAAGUUCCAGAAAAUGAAAAAGUUGUUGGUUUUUGGGAUGGAGAAACGCCUAUUAUCAUGCUGAAGGAUCCAGCCGUGUUAAAAAAUUUUGCAGUUAAGGAAUUUGAACAUUUUCAGGAUCGAAAAGACUUUUUGUCCGAAGAAAUUGACCCAUUGUUUGGAAAUUCCCUUUUUGUGUUGAAGGAACAAAAAUGGAGGGAUAUGCGCUCAACUCUUAGCCCUGCCUUUACAGGUAGCAAAAUGCGCCAAAUGUGUGACCUCAUCAUUGAAAUAGGCAUGCAGAUGGUAAAUUAUCUACAAAAGGAGGCUAAAGAUAAAGGGAUUCAAUCCUACGAAAUGAAAGAACUCUUGUCUCGUGUAGCUCACGAUGUUAUCGCUACGUGUGCUUUUGGAAUUAAGGUAGAUUCGUUAACGAAUAGAGAUAACGAAGUCUAUCUUGCUGGUAAAGAACUGUCAGAUUUCAAUGGUAUUGGAAAAUUUUUGAAGUUCAUGUUCUACAGAUUUUUCCCAAAGCUCAUGAUAGCUAGUGGAAUGCAAAUUUCUCCUGUAAAGGAGUCAAACUUCUUCAGGAGCUUAGUUACAGAUUCAAUGAAAUAUCGUGAACAACAAAAUAUAGUCAGACCUGAUAUGAUUCAUCUCCUAAUGGAAGCACAGAAAGGAAAACUAAGUCAUGGUCAAGGAGAAAAAGAUAGUGCUGGUUUCGCAACAGUUGAUGAAUCCAGUGUUGAAUGGAAGAAAACUGAAAGGAAGUGGACGGAAACUGAGAUAGUUGCUCAGUGUUUUCUUUUCCUACUGGCAGGAUUCGAAUCAAUUUCCGCAAGCCUUAGCUUUGCCACCCAUGAAAUUGGAGUUAAUCCUGACGUCCAAAAAAAGCUCUAUGAAGAAAUUAAGUCAGUUAAUGAUGGACUCAAAGGAGAGCGCAUAAAUUAUGAUAUGUUGCAGAAAAUGAAAUAUCUUGAUAUGGUGGUUUCAGAAACACUAAGGAAGUAUCCACCAACAGCUAUCGUUGAUAGAGAAUGCAAUAAGGAUAUCACACUAGAAUUGUAUGAAAAUAAACAUUUUGACUUCAAAAAGAAUCACGCCGUGUGGAUUCCAAUUUAUUGCUUUCACUGGGAUGCUAAACACUUCCCAAAUCCUGAAAAGUUUGAUCCUGAACGCUUUAGUGAUGAAAAUAAGCACAUGAUUAAUCCUAGCACAUACGUCCCAUUUGGCAUUGGGCCUAGGAAUUGCAUAGGUUCUAGAUUUGCUUUGAUGGAGCUCAAGACUGUCCUUUACUACAUGGUACUUAAUUUCAAAUUGGAGCCCACUGAAAAAACUCAAAUUCCUCUUAAAAUGGCAAAAUCCUUUGGAACUCUUCAGUCUGAACGUGGAAUUUAUCUUCAGCUUCGUCCUAGGAAUUAAACUAAAAAAAUUUUAUAUCGCUGUAUAAGUUUUGAUGAAUUAUCAUAAUGCAACACAUAAUGAAAAGAGUUCGAAGAAUUGAACAAAAUUUUUAACACUUGAAAAACUAAAUUAAAAUAUAAACUAAAAAUUGCACUCCUUAAUAAUUGAGAAAAACUUCAAAAAUCAGAAAAUUUGAAAAAUCUGUAAAUAAAAUACAUUCAUAUUGGAUUACAGCGCUUUUGUAUAUAAUGUGGUGUACAUAAUAUACAGAUUGCGCGGUUAGAGUUAAAGAACAUAAGUGUGGAAAACAAACAGCAGUGUAUAUUUAGAUGUUCAGAAGUUCAUAUGUAUCAUCCCACAGAGUACAGAAAAAACGCGCGUUUCAUUAAUUAAAUCGUUUAAAAA